CAUCUAUAAAUUUGAAAUCUAUGAAUCAUGAUUAAAACUGCUUGACAAAUUCAAACGUUGGAUGCUAUUAUUGCGUAGUGAUGGGCGUAAUUUUCUUGGAACAUAUCGGAGGUACUCGUUUAUUCUCUUGCGCUUCCUGUGACACUAAUCUUACAAACAGAGGUCAGCUGAUAAGCACGCGUUUUACGGGCGCUACAGGCCGUGCUUUUCUCUUUAACAAAGUCGUCAACUUAAAUUACAGCGAGGUACAGGAUAGAGUGAUGUUGACGGGUCGUCACAUGGUCCGAGAUGUCAGCUGCAAAAACUGUGAUGCUAAACUUGGGUGGGUGUAUGAAUUUGCAACAGACGAUAAUCAACGAUACAAGGAAGGCCGUGUCAUCCUGGAACGUGCUUUAGUCACAGAAAGCGAUGGAAUGGGCGAUAAUAUUUAAUACAUUACAAGAAGUAGCACGUCAUAGGAUAAGAAUACUUUAUAGUCAAUGUAAAAUCAGUUGUUCUUUUUCUUAGUGUUCCUCAUACAUUUGGAAUAAUUGAAAAUUGUUGUAAAGUGUAUGAUAAUUUAUAUUUAAUAUUCAAUAUUUUUGUAAACAUAAAACAUACUUUAUUUUAUGGUAUUACAUAUUUCUAAUGAUCAGCUAUUAUUUUUUUAAAGUUAUUUUUCAUUUAAACAUGUAUACCACGUUAAGUCUGAUUUAAAAUAAAGAUUCAGUCGAUUAUUGUGUUAAUACUUUUAAUACAUAUAUAGUAUGAUAUUGUUCUUUUAUAUUAGAAUUUAUUGUAUAGAAAAAAUAAAUAUUAAAUAAAUAAAAAA